AAAAGAGGCGUGACGUCAAUUAGUGUUCCGCGGAUAAUCAUAGCCGACGCGUGUGCUGUGUAGUUCAGUUUCCGGUUUAUUCCUGUUGAGCCGUAUAUUGAUUCUUGAAAAAGUUGUUAAAUGGAAACCAUCUAACCGGAACAAUUUAAAAUGCUUAUUAGUUGGAACUUUGCGAUUUAAAAUGUAAACGAUCACGUGUCGCAUCGAAUCAAAACAACUUCUGUUCAAUCAAAUUGUAAUCAUGAAGCAUUAUCAUCGAACCAGUCGUCGAUAAACAUCGAACGUUUGCCGCCAAUUGUCACAUCUAUCGGGUUAAAUCAGUAAAUCAAUGAACGGUGCUAGGUCAUCGAGCAAAUUGGUCGUAAAACACUUAAUCAAUUACUGUUAAUAAUGCAAGUUGGUUAAGUGAGCUCACGAUAAAUGACGUAUCCAGAAGGGUUAUUAUCAGUGUUAAUUUCAUCAGGUUCUUGGCUACCUUAGAGCAGAGCAGAGAUGCGUUUUAGAGAAAUAAAAUAAAUAACACUUAAACGAUAGAGCAGUUCAAUUUUCUCCAAUGCUGCGAAACAAGUGAUAAUUCAAUUGCUUAUUGGAAAUCGCCGCAUGAACAUUUUUUCAAUGAUUUUAAAGCCGUGGUAGUUGAAUAGUUCAACUAAUUAAUAAUCGUAGUAUGAGUUAUCUACAACAAAUGCAAGCUCUGCAUGCAAGUUCAGUUUUCAGAAGUUGAAGCAUACUAAAACAUUUUAAUGCAUUUCGGAACAAGCUUCAUUUAUUAGACAAGUGAAAUUAUUAAUGUCUAAAUCAGUUACAUAAUUUGAAAACAAUGGAACAUUUAACCAGCAGUCAAAGCUCACUGAUCAGCAACGGUGGAAUAUCAUUAAUGUUUGAUCGGCUACCUAAAAACCCCAGUUGGUGGAGACGCCGGACGGCGCUGGAAAAAGUUCUCACACUCAUCAGCGUGGUGUGCGCCAUCGCUGUUGUGGCGCUACUGAUCUCCCUGCUGUCGGUGCUGCUAACCGAUCGGAUACAUGAAUCGGAAAACGGUACUUCUCAAACACCGCAAGCUCUAACCGGUUCUCGACGUGGAAAAAACUACAAAUUUGGCUCCAAUGACGCAAAAGGAGGCGACUACCUGUGCCUCACCCCAGGAUGCAUUCAUUCGGCUUCCAAGGCGCUAGAUCAGAUGGAUUCUAGUGUGGAGCCAUGUGAUGAUUUCUACAAUUAUGCCUGCGGUAAAAUGCUUAAGGAGACCAACAUCCCGGAUGAAAAGGUAUCUGUGAAUACGUUUUCGGUCAUCGGCGAUCAAUUGCAGGAACAACUGCGCUCGUUGGUGAGUGAAGAAAUUGGUGAAAACGAAGGAACACCAUUCAAGCUUGCCAAAAAUCUGUUCAAGCUGUGUAUGAAUAAAACACGAAUUGAGGAAAAAGGCAUUCAACCUCUAUUGGACAUCCUGGAUGUAUUGGGAGGCUGGCCAGUGUUGAAGGGUGACCAGUGGGACUCAGACUCAUCUUGGUCAUGGGUAAAGUCGGUCAAGGAUUUCCGCCAGCAAGGCUACAGUACUGAUUAUUUCUUCGACUUCUCUGUGGGUACCGAUUUGAAGAACUCUACUCGUAGAAUAAUUGAUACGGACCAAGCUGCACUUGGAAUUAGCCGCGAAUAUCUAGUCAAGGGCUUCGAAAGCCCAAUAGUUACAGCUUACUAUAGCUACAUGGUCGACAUGGCAGUCCUGUUGGGUGCCGAAGAAGCACGUGCCAAGCGGGAACUUCUCGAUUCUCUCAAUUUCGAAAUAGCUCUAGCCAAUAUUUCAUUGCCGAACGAGAAACGUCGUAAUGCCACUGCCCUGUACAACCCGAUGACCGUCAAGGAAUUCCAGUCCAAAUAUCCAUAUACAAACUGGACCGAAUACUUCAACAUGAUUCUCAAGGAUACCGGAAUUAGUAUCGAUGAAAAUGAAGUGAUUAUUGUCAGUGUUCCUAGCUUCAUGGAGCAAUUGGGACCAUUACUGCAAAAUACGCCAAAAAGAACCAUGGCAAAUUAUGUAAUGUGGCGUAUCAGUGGGUUCUCCUCAUUCUUCCUCACUGAGAAACUACGAAAACGACAGUUACAGUAUAGUACAGCUCUAAGUGGAAAGCAGGAACAGGAACCUCGCUGGAAGGAGUGCGUCGAUAUUACGUCGGGAAGUCUACCGAUAUCAGUGGGCGCGUUAUAUAUUAGAAAGUAUUUCAAGGAAGAUUCGAAACGUGCUGCCCUGGACAUGGUGAAUGACAUCAAGUCAGUGUUUGUGGACCUGCUGAAGAAGGUCGAUUGGAUGGACGAAAUAACCAGACAGUCAGCUCUGGAGAAAGUAGACUCAAUGGUGACUCACAUUGGGUAUCCGGAUGAAUUGAUGGAUGACAAGAAAAUUGCUGAAUAUUACGAUGAUCUGCAGUUUAAACCAGAAGACAACUAUCUUAACACAAUUUUGUAUAUGAAUCAAUUCGGAACUACGAAGGCAUUCAAAAAACUACGACAGUCGGUUAACAAGACCGAUUGGAUUACCCACUCGAGGCCAGCUGUUGUAAAUGCAUUCUAUUCGUCAAUUGAGAAUAGUAUUCAAUUCCCUGCCGGUAUACUACAGGGACAGUUCUUCUCAUACGAUCGACCAAAGUACAUGAACUAUGGCGCAAUCGGAUUUGUUAUUGGCCACGAAAUUACGCACGGUUUCGAUGAUCAAGGCAGACAGUUUGACAAGAAUGGAAAUUUGGUAGAAUGGUGGCAACCGGAUACCAAAAAGGCCUACCUGGAGAAAGCCCGUUGUAUCAUUGAACAGUACGGAAACUAUACCGAGCCCAACGUCAAACUGAACCUUAACGGCAUCAACACGCAGGGUGAAAACAUCGCCGAUAACGGAGGUAUUAAGGACGCGUACUACGCAUACCGCAAAUGGGCCGAAAAGAACGGACCAGAGCCUCGUCUGCCAGGACUCGACAUGACACCGGAGCAAAUGUUCUGGUUGUCAGCUGCUCAAACCUGGUGCUCUGUCUACCGACCAGAGACAAUGAAGAUGCGAAUUACAACCGGAGUGCAUUCGCCUGGCCAGUUUCGAGUUCUCGGACCCAUGAGUAACAUGAUCGAAUUUUCAAAAGAUUUCAACUGUCCGGCUGGCUCACCAAUGAAUCCAGCGCAAAAAUGCGAAGUUUGGUAGAACUGUUUCAACGGUGUGUCACUUUGUAACGAUCCUGUGUUCCUUUUCUAUUGCCCUUUUGGAGUCUCAAAUUGUUUCAACAUACUUUCGUUUCUCUUAUUGACUGUUCUAAGCGAACAAACGUGAUAUAAUAGGAACCCUCAGUCAGUUUACUUGAUUAAAAGUACUUAUAACUUUAGAACGGUUGUAUUCUCUGCAGAAUGUCAGAGACAACUUAAGCAUCAAUACUUAACAUAUUAAAAGAAUACUAUUAAUUUAUUCCAACUGAUUGUAGUGACUGGAAAACUCUGGUUACAAAAAAAUUUUAAAAAUAAAAUACAAAUGAAUGCAACAAUCUUUGUUGAAGAAGUGUCAUGAUUACAUAAAUGAAAAUAUAGGUGAAAUUUGAUGACAACAUGAAAUCAAAGAAUUUUUAAAAUAUCAAACUGUGGAUGAAUUUAUGUGCUUGUUAUGACUUUAAGUAAUAAAUUGUUUGUAUUUUCGUAUUAGC